AUGACGCUGAAAGAAGUGACGUUCUGUCCCCCAUUGUCUCUGUACGUCACCCAUAGCAAUCUUUUAACCUCUGAUGUCAUUAAGAAGUCUUGCCUGUGCGUUUGUCGCGAGGACCUCCUCCGGAACGUGGACUGCAACGUGGACUGCCAGCACAAGUCGCGCAACCCGGUCUGCGGGACCAACGGCCGGAACUACGACUCGAGGUGCGACCUGGAGCGCGACAUCUGCAAGAAGGUCAAGGUGCAGUUCAAGCAUGAGGGCGAGUGUUCACUGGCCGAGAAGUGCAUCGACGAGCGGCGGGCCAAGCAGGACCUCGUGAGCAGCGGGGAGAUGGUGUACGUCCCGACCUGCGAGCAAGACGGGUCCUACUCGGCCGUCCAGUGCCACAACUUCACCUUCUACUGCUGGUGCUCCCUCGCCGACGGAGUCCCAUCCCCGAGAGACGUUCACACGCAGUACGAGAUACCCAAGUGUUUAGUGUUAAGCAGUAAAGUGUCGGAGAGCACCCCGAUCGCCCCGACGAGGAGUCCGCUUCAAGAGCGAUGUUCUGGCAAGAAGAAGAAAUCGUUCCUGAAAAACCUGACCAAUCUCCUGGUGAAAGACUACAGGAGGGAGAGGAAUCCCCGUCGGCGUUCCUCGCGGUCCUCGGAGCGGAUCCGCGAGACGGCCGUCAGGUGGAAGUUCUCCGUCCUGGACACGGACAGCGACAACACGCUGAAGCGUCGGGAGUACCGAGACGUCUGCAGGACGAUCCGGACCUUCGUGAGGCCCAGGAAAUGCGCGAAGGCUUUCCCGCAGUUCUGUGACAUCGACAACAAUGGCUGGAUCUCCAGGGUCGAGUGGGUCGACUGCUUCACCGUGCGAAGCAACGAAGGCAACGGGCCGAAACCGUGCAAGAAAAGAAAGUGCGGAGGGAAUUUGACGAAGCCUACUCGACCCACCCCCUCGUGCGAGCGGGACCGCGAGGCGCUCCUUCGGGUGGCGGAGAACGACGGCAACAAGAACUUCUUCAUCCCCGAGUGCGCCGCCGACGGGAAGUACCAGCCCAUCCAGUGCCAUCGGACGUCGCAUGAGCACAACGUCACGGAAUACUGCUUCUGCAUGGACACGGAGACGGGGAACAGCCUGGACGGCACGGGCGUCACCAACGGCACGCCCAACUGCUCUCGGCCCUUCCCGCACGUGCGCGUCUGGCCGGGUUGUGUAGGGAAAACCAAAGUUAAAUUCCUGAAGGACCUUCAGGAAUACUUGAUGAGUAAGGCAGAUAGUGUAGACAGAAAUGCAGGUGUCGACCUUACCACUCAGUCGAGGGAGGAGUAUGCCGCUGUCUAUCAUUUUAGAAACCUUGACAAGAAUGGUAAUAAAGUUCUUGAGAGGCAGGAGAGAAAAGCUGUUAAACGAUUCUUAACAAGUGUUCCAAAGCUGAAAAGAUGUGGCAAAAGAUUCGCCAGAUACUGCGAUGUAGACAAAAACCGAAAGAUCUCUUUAGAAGAGUGGGUAGCAUGCAUUGUGGUCCCGAAAUCCACUGGUAAGUAUCUUACAAGAUAUUAGGUUGUUUGAGAUUUUCUUAUUUGUAUAGGAAUUUACUUUGCUCAGUGAGAGCAACUUACUUUGUACCUGGUUAUUAUUGCUUGUUUGUGUUUACUUUAUGCCAUUUUAUGAUAUAUUGAAUAUAGAAUCCUGUUAUCGGUUUUGAUAUUCAUAUGCUCUUCUAUACAUAUAAUGUAAUUUUUAGCAAAGAAUGAGUUGUUGAAUUAUUGUGUAAUGAAUAAAGAUGUGAAGAAAUCUCCAGAAAAGUUUGAGAAAAUUAGACAACAGGAAGAAUAUACAUUUCAAUGUUCUACUCCUUCUAUGCAUGUAUGCACAGUAGAUUAGAUAUGUGUGUAUGGAAGUUGACAGGUUAUAUUAUGCAUAUGCUUCUCUAAGAAAGAUGCAUUUAUGUCUUGCUUUUUGGGUAUUUAGAAAUAUAUUGGUCAGAGUAACCCAUAUUCCAGUCUAGAAAUCUUUUGGGUGUUGUAGACUACUUCUUGAUUUUUGUUAUUUUGUUUUUGUGUUUGUUUUUAGAAGUAUCUUUGCUUUACAUGUCUGCUUUAUUGCUAAGGUGCUAAAUCUUUAAUGUACUCAAUGUGCAAUGCAGUGUUCUAAACCCAUGUUUUUUUCUUCUAAUUACCUGUAAGUUAUAUAAUUAGCUAACAGCCAACAAGUUCCAAUGAAAGAGGGAUAAGGUAAGAUUAGAAAAAUGCAACAGGCAAAUAGAUCUCAGUGUGGCUCAUUGAUAACUCAAUGACAAACAGAUAGACUGAUUGUCAGAUUGUUUGAUUGAUAUAUAGGUUGAUAAGUUGCUUGAUUAUUUAGCUUAUUGUUCAAUAACUGGUCAGUUAUUCAAGUGUGUUGGUUGACCAAUUACUGAAUAAAAAGAGAUAUAUGUAAUAAAAUUACUUCCGUUUGUGAAUAUUAACCAACAUUUUAGUGAAGUACUU